AAUCAUGGCUGCCUUUGGAGACUUGCAAUGACAAAUUUCUAAUUUUGACUUCAAAAUUGCAAAUCCUCGACAAGCUUCUCUAAUUUUUGGGUUGCUUCUGGCAUCUAAUGGUUUAUCUGCACCCAUGAUCAAGUAUCUUGUUAUGGGUUUGCGUGGGUUUUUUGUAUUGGCGGCGAAGAUUUGGAGUUUUAUAUGCUACUGUUUCAAACGUCAAAUUCGAUCUGUUAUUCAGCACCAGACUGUUCGAUAUGAAGUUAUACCGUUGUCACCUCUAUCCAAGCACAGGCUUAGUAUGUUACGAAGGAAGACGUUGGUCCUAGAUUUAGACGAGACUCUUAUACACUCGCACCAUGAUGGAGUUAUACGACAGACCGUGAAACCUGGUACACCACCGGAUUUUGUUCUAAAGGUGAUGAUAGACAGACAUCCAGUCAGGUUUUUCGUCCACAAACGACCUCAUGUAGAUUAUUUCUUGGAAGUUGCAAGUCAGUGGUACGACUUGGUCGUGUUCACGGCUAGUAUGGAGAUAUACGGCGCAGCAGUCGCCGACAAGCUCGAUAAUAGUCGCGGUAUAUUGAACCGGAGAUACUAUAGACAGCAUUGUAACUUGGAGGCAGGUAGCUACACUAAGGACCUCUCUGCUAUCAAUAGAGAUCUCUCCAGUAUAUUUAUCCUGGACAACUCGCCAGUAGCAUAUAGGGCAUAUCCAGACAAUGCUAUACCCAUCACAUCGUGGUUCAGUGAUGCCACAGAUACGGCUCUGCUGUGUCUACUUCCAAUGUUGGACGCACUUAGGUUUUGUAAUGACGUUCGCUCAGUGUUGAGCAGAAACCUCCACAAGUCUUUGGACCCCGCAAUAAAAAACAGAUUUUACCUGUCCUCACGUCCCUAGAGUAUCCCAUGAGAACUUAGUUUGUCACAAGAACUUAGUCGUUUUUUAAUGGCAUCUUAUCACCUCAUAGGCUGGAUGAUAGCCUACAAAUUUUGUAACGCAAGAGUAGAAACCUGUUCUGGUCAAGAGUUCAGUGUAACCAGUUCACAUCAAGAGCGCAACCCAUUCCUGAGUUUAACAAUAGAGUUAAUACAGAUGUGUUUUGAAUAUAUUCAUGCUACAUUGUGCAACAGUAUUGAUAUGGUUGAUAGAUAAUCAUCAUAGGAAUCAGGUUAUUGUUUAUGAUGAUAGAAUGAAGAUGCUCGUACAGUGAAACAAGUAUAUUCUAAUGGGAAUAUUGCUAUGACUAAAAGGUUCAUUGUUCAUCAUUAUGUCACUAUGCACUGUGAUUCGGUACAUUAGGUGCAUUGUUGUCUCAAAUAUAGCGGUUUAUCACUUGUUCAAUGCAAAAAUUAAACUGUAAAAAAAUUAUGUAACCAUCUGGUCUUUUGUGUUUGAAAAAAGGUUCCCCUUAUUAGUGUUGGAAGUUUGUAUGUCCUUUAUAAAGAAACCCUACCAGUGUCAUAACCAGGCACAUCGCCAAAAAUACUGAAGAUAAAGCGUGCCAAAUCUCACACUAAGCGGAUAUGAAAGUAUGAGGGUGCUCUCAGUAAAAAUUUCAUGUGUUAUACACUUAUCAAAAUCUUUAAAUCUUUUUUCAUGAUGGUUGGCUUUUGUUGUUAAGUGAAUGAUCUUUAUAACACAUAUAUUGGUUAAGACUAUGAAACCUCCCCAAGUCAACUGGCAGACAUGUUGUAUUGUUAGGUUUUGUCAGACAUUUUGUCAAUCAGUUAUGCAUAAAUGGUUGUUACCAAUAAGCCUUUCAGACUUCUUUCCCAACAUUCAGUCUGAAAGCAUUCAGCUGUUUUGUAGACAUCGUAAAUGUUAAGACUUGCGGCAAGUGUCAUGAAAUGCAUCAUAUGAGGUUUGUUCUGGAAAAACUGGGCUUAAUGCAUGUUUUAAGUGUCAUCCCAGAUUAGCCUGUGCAGUUCACAAAGGCUAAUCUAGGAUGAUUCUUUGCGCCUUAACUGGAUUUUGGUAUAGAUGAGAUUUCCCUUAAACAAAAAACUCCAUUCAAGUGGAAAGUGUCGUCCAUGAUAAGCCUGUGUAUACUGCACAGGCUUAUCUGGGAUGAUAAUUUUUUCACGAAUAUUCAAACCAGUUUUCCCAGACCAAGGUUCCAUUACAAUAUGUGUCAUGUUCUGAGAAAACUGGGCUUAAAUCAUGUGCGUUAAGUGUCGUCCCAGAUUAGCCUGUGCAGUCCGCACAGGCUAAUCAGGGAUGACACUUUCCGCCUAAACUUGAUUUUCGGUAAGGAGGGACUUCCUUGAAACUAAAAAUACCAUUAAAGCGGAAAGUGUCGUCCCUGAUUAGCCUGUGCAGACUGCACAGGCUAAUCUGGGACGACACUUUACACACAUGAUUUAAGCCCAGUUUUCUCAGAACAAGACACAUAUUGUAAUGGAAAAAAAAGGUACCAGUAGGAGAAAGGUUAUUAUUCAAUGUCAUGAAUGAUUGUUUUCACCCUCUUGUUUAUAAUAGGCUGAAAUUGUGUACGGAUUUUAGAGUCAGUUGAAAAUGUGAUUACAUUGGAGCAAUACUAAUUUUGUAAUCAGGAACUUUUUUACCAGUUUUGUCAAUGUGUAUAUAUAGUUUAAUGUCAUGUCCAGUGAUGGUAUGUUUUUGUCUUUGUAAAAAAUAAACCGUUUAAAUCGAAAGAAAGACUAUGUACUGCUCGCAAAAUUUAUUGUUAAAUUACAUGGCUUAAUGUAGGCUAUAUGGGAUUAAUCAAUGUACCUCGCUUUUGUAAAUUAAAUGGAAUACCGGUUAGUAUGUGUGCUAAGAAUGUUUUCAGUAAGUCCCAAGAAAUUAGCAAUGUUUAUAUUGAUUUUAAUAUGAAGUUAAGACGAGUAUCCUUUGUUCAAAAUUCAAAUUGGAAAAUUAUUUUAGCUGUGCUCUUGGACAACAGGCCUUAUUGCAUGUGAUUUAAGUGACAUCCCAGAUAAGCCUGUGAAGUCGGCACAGGUCAAUCAGGGACGACACUUUCUGCUUUAAUGGUAUUUUUUUGUUAAAAGGAA